GUAAACAAAAAAAGGAAAGUUGACCGCGAGGGCCGCCGCUUCCAGGACAAGUGGAAGUUUGAGUAUUUUUUCACUGAAAUACGAAACGACUGUGUCUGCCUAAUUUGCCAAGAGACUGUGGCUGUUUUCAAGGAAUUCAACAUCAAGAGGCACUAGCAGACGAAACAUGCUAGCUACGACAAGCUAACUGGGAACAAACGCGGUGAAAAAGUGAAGCAACUGGAAGCUGUUUUAACGGCACAGCAAAGCUUUUUCACAAGAGUCCGUGAGUCAAAUGAAAAUGCCACAAAGGCAAGCUACGAAGUGGCAACGCUGAUUGCAAAGCACUGCAAACCUUUCACUGAGGGUGAAUUUAUUAAAGACUGUGUAAUGAAAAUGGUUGAGAAAAUUUGUCCCGCGAAGAAGCAAGAGUUUGCCAAUAUUUGCCUGGCUCGUAAUACUGUGGUACGGAGAAUUGAAGACGUUUCAUUAGAUAUUAAGAGACAGUUAGAGGCAAAAGGAACUGAGUUUGACUUUUUCUCGUUAGCGUGCGAUGAAAGCACGGAUGCGUCCGACACCGCUCAGUUACUGAUCUUUUUAAGAGGAGUGGACAAUGACAUGAACGUGAGUGAAGAGCUUCUGGACCUCCAGAGUCUGAAGGGCCAAACAAGAGGAACGGAUUUAUUUGUUUCUGUUUGUUCCACCGUAGAUGACAUGAAACUACAGUGGAAUAAAGUCACCGGGAUUAUUACGGACGGCGCACCUGCCAUGGCUGGCGAGCGGAGUGGAUUAUCAAGCCUUGUCUGUAACAAAGUCAGCGAAGAAGGAGGCAGCGCUAUUAAACUCCACUGUAUUAUUCAUCAAGAAGUUCUCUGUGCCAAAUAUAUGAAAUAUGAUAAUGUUAUGAAACCGGUGAUAAAGACUAUUAAUUAUAUUCGCUCCAAAGCGCUGUGCCACCGCCAGUUUCAACAGUUUCCUCUCGACAUCCAGGCUGAAUACGGAGAUGUUUUGUAUCACACCGACGUAAGGUGGCUCAGUCGGGGGUCUGCGCUGCAGCGCUUCUUCUCUCUCAGGGAGGAAAUUGGACAAUUCUUGACUAAAAAGGGACAACCCAUGCCACAAUUAAAUGAUCCUGUUUGGCUGGCUGAUUUGGGAUUUUUAGUUGACAUAACGCGACAUCUGAAUGCGCUGAACACAAGCCUUCAAGGGCAAAAUGCAGUGGUAAGCCAACUGUAUUCACACAUCAAAGCCUUUCGGACCAAGCUGCUACUUUUCCAAAGACACCUGUCACAGGCGCAGCCCAAUACCGCACAUUUCCCGUCGCUGCAGGAAAUUGUGACCAGUUUCCCACAGAUCAAUAUUAGUGCGCAAAUGACAAAGUAUGCAGCAGACAUCUCAUCUCUGGUUGAGGAGUUUCAGCAGCGCUUUCGGGACUUUGCAGCUAUUGAAAAGGAGAUCACGCUUUUUUCCUCUCCUUUCUCCGUGGACCCUGAUGACGCUCCAGACCACCUGCAACUGGAACUCAUUGAGCUGCAGUGUGACGCCGAGCAUCGCAGUCGGCACCAACAGCUCCCUCUUGUCAACUUCUACCGCCAGCUGGAUGAAGGCAGGUUCCAAGCAAUUCGGACAUUUGCUAAGAAAAUGCUGAGCUUGUUUGGCUCCACAUACAUGUGCGAGAAGACAUUCUCCGUUAUGAACAUUAACAAGAGCCGCAUGAGGACGAGACUGAGUGACUCUCACCUGCGUGACAUCUUGCGCAUCAAAACCACUGCUCUUGAGCCAGACAUGGACUACAUACUGCAGUCAAGAUCCCAGUAUCACCCUUCACAUUAGUGCAGGCAAGACCUUUGUUAAGUCCUCUGAGUUGAAUAAAUUCUUAAAUCUCAGUUAAUUAAUUUUUUUGUGAUGGUCAAAAUCACAGUUUGAAUAUGCAGUGAUCAUUGUUUUGUUUUCAGCACUUUUCCUACAGUGACCAUAUAAUAGUGAAUAAUAUGUAAUGUUUCACAUGAACUUAGAUAUCCUUUAUAGUUUUCUUAAUUUUUUGUGGUUUGUGAUUUCGGUAAAAACCUAAAUGUAAAAAAAAAUGUAAAAGUAAAAGUAUGCCAUUUGUAAUUAAAUUAAAAAAAAAUCCCAAAAAGUUAAUUUGUAUUUAAUGUUAAUGGUUCAAAGAAUGUCAGGCUAAAUAGUCGGCCCCCACACAUUUUCACCUUACCAAAUCUGGCCCUCUUUGCAAAAAGUUUGGACACCCCUAAAAUUUAGGGGUAUCAAGAUGGUGGAUGGCGACGUCAGUUUUGGUGGCCAAUGACCCAUCCAGUCUUUUUUUUUUUCAGAUCACUGCGCAGAGCAUGGCGUACGUCACAUGAUGCAAUGUGGGCGUUGUCGGACGUUGGACCACGGGACUAUAGAGGUCCCUUAAUGGAGAAGCGACUACGGGGAUGAGCGAGGCUGAGCCUCAGCGCCACCGAAUUUCUGACAGAAGGGAGCGAUGGUGACAGAAAAGUGUGUCCAAGUUGAUGCGUGACCCGGCAGGAUGUCUCUCUGGGAGUGCGACAGACGGUGACGGUGACGCUACACUUCUGGUCCUGUCACACAAGCUGACCGUCGCCGAAUUAUCGGAACUCGCAAAGAAUAUGGCAAAUACCUGAUGGUGAUUUCCGGGGUCACGAACAGAUGGACAAAUGUGUAUCGUCGCACCGACUGAUGAUACACUGGAAGGCCUGAAAGCAGGUUCGAGCCUCAAACGUCAGAAGUGAGAAGCAGAUGAGGUGGCUGGGCCAUCUGAUGCAGACUCUUCCAUGGUGAGGUGUUCAAGGCACGUCCCACCGGAAGGAGACCCCAGGCACGACCCACUCGGCUGGCCUGGGAGCACCUCUGGAUCCCCCCAGAAGAGCAGGAUGAAGCAGCUGAGGAAACGCAUGUCAGUGGGUCGCGACCCGACCUCGGCUAAGCAGUAGAAGAUGGGUGGAUGGAUGAGUGGAUUUAUUUAUUUAUGUAUUUAUUUUACUCUAUGGUUAUGCAAUAAGUGUUUUUUGGUGGUUUGUCAAUAAGAAUCACCGCCAAAUAUGUCACUAAGCUCUCUCUCUCUUGUAGCUUGUGCAUUCCCGGUUCUGAGCAGCAACACUGGGCUGUGUUUUUUGGUGCUCUGGUCUUGAUUGCAGACUUACCUACAGUAAUUGAAUCCACCUCUUAGCAGUCUGAUCACAAUUAUAAAAGCAUCAACCCUGCAAGCGUGCUUUCGAAGAGUCCUGCUCGGGGAGGCAAUACUCCUAAAUUCCAUGUCACACUUGAGCGAACGUCACACUUUUACACAUUUAAAGGAAAGAAAAUAUAUGACUAUAAAGCUGACUUGGAAUCGAAUAUUCGCAACCAGCUCCAAGAGUGAGCAUGUUGACAAUUUGUAAAAUAUAUACUCUCUACCGAGGCGGAUAACAUUUGCCGGAUCUUGUUUCACAGUCCUGACGGCCCUCUGAGAGAACCCAGCAGCCGCUGUGUGCCACUGCAGUGUGGCCCAUGACAAAAAUGACUCGGACACAGCAGAUUUUGUCUUAAGUAAACCUAACAUGCGUUUUUUUGUUGGGGAAUAUGGGAGGAAUCCUGGAGACCAGGAGAAAACAAAGAAGGAGAGAACACGCCAACUGUAAAUCAACAAAUGAUUGUUCCAUAACAUACCGAAACAUUCACUUCAGGGUCAUGAACACACAACACAGUGUGGUGUUGUGUUAUUUUGGAUGCUCUUGUGGUUGGACGGUGGCGGCACAGAGGAGCCCCACUCUGUUGUCCAGAUGUGAUUAUCCUUCAAAGGCGGGAUGGCUCAAAUAGCGCCAUCUAUCAUCCGGCCUCGCUCACGGGACUGAACAAGAAAGCCAUUCCUCCCCUACAACUAACAUCUGCAUGCUGUUCAUAUCUUUCCAAAACAUAUUGGAAAUAUUUAUUUACAGUAAUUUUGUGUGCUGCGCCUUCACGCUGCUUCCAGGGCUGAAAUACCCCCCCCCCAAAAAAAAAAAUUAAAACGGGCCCUGGAAAUGAAUAUAAUGAGCCUAAAAUUUGAACUUUGAAGCAAAAUAGCAGAUUUCCUGUGUCGAUCCGGCUUCUUGAGACUUUUUUUGUGCCUCCUUACGAUGGAUAGCUCCCAAAUUUCCUGUUUUGGAGUCAACCUGGCUUGCAAGACAAUCAAGUGGGUGCCACCAAGCCAAUUUUUGACCCAAAUGUAAAUUUCCACCACGUUGAACACAACAGCUAACUUUUGAGUUCUUGGGAUGGAAAAUCCCUGUAAUUGCAAUUUAAAAAAAAAAAACAAUGGAGAACAAGUGGGCCAUAAAAAAAACAGAACAAGGAGUCCAAUCAGGGUGUCACAAUUUUUUUCGAUUAUUAUUUUUUAACAGGAAGUUGAAGUGAAAUUUACAACAUUAGAGUCACUGAGGCACAGAAAAAAAGUGCUUGUCCCAUCAAAAAACGGGAACAUUGGUGCCUUUGCAAAUAAAACCAACUUGUGCUGUCAGCAUUCCCCGAUAUCCCAUCCGCCGACCCCCCCCCCCCCCCCCGUUCUCUGUCGCCCUUCAAACGCCCCAACCCCAUGCCCCCUGGGCUCGCAGAGUGAUGUCGGUUUGGCUUUAAAAAUAAAAAAUAAAAAAAGUGUGUUAAAAUAUCAUCCACGCUGACUUGACUUUUCAGUUGCGCCCCCUGUUGGGCCGCCUACGUGACAGGAAGCCCUCAGUGGGUGACGACCAUAUUUGGGAACUUUAAAAAAAGGGUUCAGAAUGGCCCCUUCAGAGGACAUGUUAUGGAA